AUGACCUCUAUAAACCUUUAUAAUAACUUGUCCCUUGUCACCCUUCCUUCCCCUUCCUCCACCUCUUGCCACUGCCCUGACCAUGGGCCGCCUAGGGAGCUUGACAAGAAAUUUGAUAAAAUUUUUAACCUCAAAAAUACCUCAAAUAACAACCCUACUAACAUCCUUAAUAACCUCUGCACCGGCCUCGAGACCUUCCUUGGCUUCAACAAAGACUCCAAAGGCUACGACGGCCAGGGGAUAGUGUACUCUGACCUGGAUAGGCUGUGUGACGGGGUGAUGGGAUUUUUGUAUUAUUUGCUUAAGGAUGUCAGCGAGAAACAGCCUUACAGUGUGGGCAAAACAAUGCUAAAAGAUUUUGUUGAGACCGAAUUAAAGCCUAAAUUAUCCACCGGGCGUAAGGGUUUUGAGGUCAUUGAGCAGGUGGCGGGGAAGGUGCGGGAGUAUAAUGAGAGUGUGAAGCAUAGUAACGAUGAUGUGAAAAAUCCCGUCGAUGUUUUACUAAGCUUUGUAAGCGACACAAAAAGUGGUAAGUGGUUUGAUAGGGUUCAUAAAAUUCAGGUAGAUAACGCCGAUGAGCAAGCAGUGAACAAGGCCGUGCAGUCUGUCAACAGCGAGUUGGCGGAUUGUAAAUAUCACGUUGAUAAAUUUAUAAUAGACACUUAUAACGCACGUAAUAGCAUUGCAGAUCUAAACAGCAACUGUAACAAUAAUGUUAAUAGAGCUAAAAAUAACAUUACGCAUGAACGCAAACGGUUGAUUGAGCUGUCGGAUGAGGAGCAAAGAAAAUACGUGGUUAUGGCGAAACAUAUAGGAAAAAUUAUCAAUAGUCUCAGAAGAAGUGUCAAUAUGGUGAUUACAUCGCAGGUAUCCGAUUUGGUCGAACAGCUGAAAAAUAUG